GUGAUUCCUCUCCACACCGUCUGUCUGCCUCCUCCAUCCUCCUGUGUAUUAUUCUCUCUCCCCUUCAGACGGGAAGCCCCUUUAUUCCAUUCUCCAGCUCUAGGAACCCUCUCUUUCUCUCACGAAGAUGGCAGAUGUCGUUGACACCACCAGCACUGAGGUCCCCGUUGCCAAGGAUCUUAAGGAAAAGAAAGAAGUUGUAGAAGAGAAAGUAGAGAAAGCAGAGAAGGCUGAGAAUGGAAAAGGAGAUGCUCCAUCUAAUGGAACAGAGGAAAAUGGUGCAGACCACAGUGAAGAAAACACAGAAGACCCUGAAGAGGAGGAUGAAGUAGAGGGUGAAGAUGAUGAAGAAGAAGAGGAGGAGGAGAAAGGUAAAGCAGAAAAGACUGAAAAAGAUGACCAUCCUGUAAAGCGCCCAGUAGAGGAUGAGGAGGAAUCUGAAACAAAAACGGAAACUAAAAAGCAAAAAACAGAAAAUGGAGAAUCCACAGAAGUUAAAGAAUCUGCCUAAAUCCCUUUCCAGACAUUUUAUAGCUUAAGUGACAUGGUUGACUUUAAAUUGUAGAGAAUGUGCUUUAUAUCUGUACAUUUUACAGAACGACUUUUUAUAUAAUGUAAAACCCACAUGCACUAGAGACCUGUAACAUCACAACAAGAUAGCUAAGGUUUUUUUGUAAAAUGUUAUUUAUUGGUGCUUGUUUGUACUGGUUUGACUGCUACAAUAAAAGAUCUUAACUUUUGUUUUAUGGCGGUUUAGCUUUGCUUUUGUACAUCUUUGAAACACAGGGCACUCAUGCUAGUGCAGCCGUGUGUAUUCUAAAGUAAAGCUACCUUCCUGUAAUAUAAUGGUGUUAGGAUAGGAAAGUUCAUAUGCAAUGAAGGCCAAAGAUGUGGGUCUUAUUUAGCCAGGGAAUAACCUUACCUGGGGCAUUCUGUAUAGAUCUUUGGAUUCAAAUUUGUUGCUGUUGAGAAUAUAGUUGUGGUGCAGGCAAAGUUUGAAAAUUGCAAGGUUCAAUGUGUAAAUUUCUCUAUCUCUAAUGUGCUGUCAAAGUGUGUUAUUCUGCUGAAAUUUUGAGGCAUUGAGGGUUAGUCUCCAUACCAUUUUAUGACUAGGUUAUACAAACUAUACCUCAUUAGUUGAUGCUCAAACACUACUUUGUAUAUUCAGGUUAAGUACUAUAAAUAAAUCUUUCUUUUAUAAAAAAAAAAUAAA